AACUGUCGAAAAGGGACAACAUCAAAAUCACCCACCAGCAAUGUCUUAUUGUAGCAAUGUCUUAUUGUACUUAUUUCCUUUGUUUUUCCUUCACAACAUUUUUACACUUGCUUUUCUUCUAUAGCUGUCCUUUUGUUAUCUUCCAAUUUUUGGUUCUUGAAAGAAUGUCAGUGAAGCUUUAUGGAAUCUUCAUUGAUCUUUGCUUCUUCAAGAUCAAGCUUGAAUAUCUUUCAAGAAAUGGCUUCUUCCUCGUCAAUAAUUGUGAUGUUUUUUGACUCUUAAUUCCAUUAACGAAUCUUCAAUCCCUGUAAUCUCAAGCACCAAAAAAGGAAAUGGCUUCUUCUUUACAACAAUUGCUUAAAGAAGAAGGAUUUGAGAGUGGCAAGUUAUUGAAGAAUCCUAGAGAAUUCAGGCUUAGAAGUAGUGCACCAGAUCAGUCCAUAGCACUGCCUAUAUACAUCUGCCACGAUCGAAAAAGCUUCGAAAAAUCGAAGCACAGGGCUGAAAAGACUUUUAUCCUGAAUGGGUCUUCAGUGUUUUCAUCUACAAGGGUGUCGAAUUCGGAUAGACCAAAAUCCAAGUCAUUGAUAACAGAUGGCCCUCCAAGGAGAGACGAGCCUGCAAUCAAUGAAGUUGCCAUUAGAGCUGUAAUAUCUCUACUUGGUGGCUACACUGGUAAGUAUAUUCAGGAUGAGAGUUUUCGUGAAAUGAUCAAAGAAAAGUGCAACUCUUGCUUAGUGAGGAGAAAAAAUGGUUCGGAUAAUGUGAUUUUUGUGAAUUUGGAAUUUGGUAUUGAUAGCAUUCACAAGUUAGUUGAAGAUGGAGGGAACAAAAAGGAACUUAGAAUGAAAUCAUUGAGGAAUUCGAUUCGGCUCUUGAGCAUUGUUGCUUCCUUGAAUUCUAAGAAAUCAGGGAAUGGUUCAACUUGUGGAGUUCCCAAUUCUCAUCUCUCAGCAUGUGCUCAGCUAUACUUAUCUAUAGUUUACAAGCUCGAGAAGAAUCAUAGGAUAUCCGCCUGGCAUUUGCUUCAGGUGUUUUGUGAUUCAGCCUUUCUAGCGAGAACCCACCUGCUUCCUGAUCUGUGGGAGCAUUUUUUCCUUCCUCAUCUUCUUCACCUUAAGGUUUGGUACCACAAAGAACUUGAACUUCUCUCCAACUUGGAUUAUGUUGAGAAAGAGAAGAGAAUGAAAGCUUUAAGCAAGCUCUACAAUGACCAAAUGGAUAUGGGAACAGCUAAGUUCGCUAUUUACUAUAAACAGUGGCUUAAAAUUGGUGCUAAAGCCUUAGCAGUUCCUACAGUGCCUUCACCGUCAAGUCCCAGUUAUGGAUCAUCAAGAAGGAGAUCAUCUGAUUCUCAUGCUUCACGUUCUUCUAUCAACAAAAGCUUGUAUCGAGCUGUGUUUGGGGCCACAACUGAGCGGCAAUCCAUUGAGCUUGAUCAUCGAAUCAGAGCAUCGAUGGAUAUAUGCCGCCUCGAGGAAGAUGAAAAAGAAUGUACAGAUGAAGAAGAAGAAGACUACAACGGUUGCAAUUAUGUUCAUAACAAGACGAAGACACGUAGAAGGUCAUCAAGCCAGAUCUACAGAACUCCGAAAACUGAAUUAUGGCUAGAGACACAGAAAUCAGACCAUUUUCGGCUGUUUACCUGCCAGAGUGGGCCCACAGACUGCUUGGUAAAUGGUAAAAAUGUUAUCAGAAAUAAUUCAAUGAGAAAGGAGGAAAAUGUUCAUCUUCCUUUGAGUGAACUAAAUAAAGCCAUUGCUACUAUUUGCUCCUUAGAUAGUCUAAGUGAGUGUGAAAUUGCAAUCCGGGUAAUGACCAAAGCUUGGUUGGAAUCACAUGGUGACCCUGCUAUAGAAGCUGCAUUGGCAAAGGCUCCUGUUAUCGAGGGAAUCCUUGAGGUUUUGUUUGCUUCCAGUGAUAAUGAAAUUAUAGAAUUAGCAAUAUCAAUUUUAGCAGAAUUUGCAGCUAGGAAUGAGGUGAAUGGGCAGAUAAUACUUAACUCAGAUCCACAGCUUGAGAUCUUCUUAAAACUCUUAAGAACUAGUAGCCUAUUUUUAAAAGCAGCUGUGUUGCUUUACUUGUUAAAGCCAAAGGCAAAACAGAUGAUAUCAACUGAGUGGGUUCCCCUAGUCCUUAGAGUUUUAGAGUUUGGAGAGCAGCUGCAGACUUUAUUUACAGUAAGGUGUAGUUCUCAAGUGGCAGGGUUUUACUUCCUAGACCAACUUUUAAGAGGUUUCAAUGAAGAUAGGAACUUGGAGAAUGCAAGUCAAGUGGUUUCUCUUGGGGGACUGAGCCUUCUGAUAAGAAAUGUUGAGGUAGGUGGUGUUCUUGAGAGGAAUAAUGCUGCCUUGAUCAUAUCCCGCUGUAUUCGAGCUGAUGGAAGUUGUCGAAACUACUUAGCUGAUAAAUUGAACAAGGCAUCUCUAAUUGAACUUAUUGUUGGGAACCGCAAGGAUUCUAAUAGAUCUGUUAUUGCCUUACUAACUGAGCUACUCUGCCUAAACAGAAGAACACAGAUAACAAAAUUCUUAAAUGAUCUGCUGAAUGGAUGGGGAGGCUUGAAUACCAUGCACAUCUUAUUAGCAUGCCUGCAGAAAGCUCUACCAGAAGAGCGCCCGCUGGUUGCAACCAUCUUAUUACAGCUUGACCUUUUGGGAGAUCCUUUGAGGUGCAGUGUCUACAGAGAAGAAGCAGUUGAGGUAAUUAUAGAAGCUUUAGAUUGUGAAAAAUAUAAUGAAAAGAUUCAAGAACAAUCCGCCAGAGCUCUCGUGAUGCUGGGAGGCCGCUUUUCUUACAUGGGAGAGGCAACAACAGAAAAUUGGCUCUUGCAACAAGCAGGCUUUCAUGAAAACUUAGGGGACUCAUGUCACAUGAAGAAAAUAGUAUAUGAUAUCUUGCCUGAAGAGGAGGAAGCAACAGAAAAUUGGCAAAGAAAAGCAGCAAUUGCGUUGCUAAAUUGUGGUAACAAAAGAUUCUUGUCCGCUCUUUCAAAAUCUAUGGCCAAGGGCAUUCCUAGUUUAGCACGAGCAAGCCUCAUAACUGUUGCCUGGAUAAGCAGUUUUCUCCAUUCCGUUAGAAAUAAGGAUUUGCAGUCCAUGGCAUGCUCAAUACUUGUUCCGCAGUUGCUAGAAUCCUCAAACUCCAACCAAGCACUCCAGGAAAGGGUUCUUGCUUCUUUGUCAUUGCAGCGGCUCAUAAAAAAUUCAGGUAUGGUAAACUUUAGACAAUUUCAAAGUUAG